AGCUUUAUCGCUCCGCUAUGCAGUAGGUAUUAAGAGUUUCAAGACUGACAACCAUGACUCUCCUAACCGAGGACCAGCCUUGCAGGUUUUCCGCACCGGACAGCCCGCUCGCAUCCAUGGAGCACUACCCGGUGGACUCGGGACCAAAAGAGGACUAUUUGGAUUGCAUGGAACCAGCUGUGUUUGGAGCGGUGGAGCCUCCGAAGCGCACCAGAGGAAGGCUUAUCAUGCAUGGCAUGGUCAUGUUUGGAAGGGAAUUCUGCUAUGCCGUCGAGGCAGCAUUUGUCACGCCAGUGUUGCUGAGCGUUGGACUCCCCAGGCGCCUGUACAGCCUGGUGUGGCUUAUCAGCCCUGUUUUGGGUUUUAUCCUACAGCCUGUCAUCGGCUCGUCAAGCGACUACUGUAGGUCCCCAUGGGGCCGAAGGCGACCGUACAUACUCUUGCUCGGGAUUAUGAUGUUAGUUGGCCUGACUUUAUUUUUAAAUGGAGAUGCGGUCACAUCAGCUAUACUAGAGGACAGAAAUGUUAAAAGGACAUGGGCGAUCGUAGUGGUCAUGUUUGGAGUGGUGUUGUUUGACUUUGCGGCGGACUUCAUUGAUGGGCCCAUUAAAGCCUAUUUGUUUGAUGUGUGUUCUCAUCGGGAUAAGGAGAGAGGGCUUCAUUAUCAUGCCUUACUCACAGGUCUAGGUGGAGCCUGUGGAUACUUGAUUGGAGCCAUGGACUGGGGUCACUCUGCGCUUGGUGUCGUACUGGGUUCAGAAUACCAAGUUAUCUAUUUUUUCUCAUCAUUGACCUGGGGCAUUUUUCUCACCACGCACCUUUUCAGCAUCCCGGAGAAAUCACUGAUGAAAGAUCACAGUUCAGACUCUUGUCCAUCUACCUCGCUGCUCCUGGAAGAGCCGCAUCAUAACCUCUAUGGAGCAGUACACAAAGAGCCACCUCCUCUGCCUGAAAUGAGACAGCGCUCAUUCUCUGCCCUGAGUGAAGCCAAUGCAGUCACGCCCAGUGCCAAGCAGCCUAGCAGCGAGGUGCAGAAGAGAAUGACCCUGAAAUCUCUACUGUCAGCUAUGAUUAGUAUGCCCAGCCAUUACCGCUGUCUGUGUGUGUGUCAUCUGCUAGGCUGGACGGCCUUCCUGUGCAACAUGCUCUUCUUCACUGACUUCAUGGGGCAGAUUGUAUAUAAGGGGAACCCCUAUGCAGAACACAAUUCCACCUCAUAUGCGACAUAUGAGAGAGGGGUUGAAAUAGGCUGCUGGGGCCUGUGCAUCAACGCUGUAUCCUCUGCACUCUAUUCAUAUGUGCAGAGGCUUCUCCUGCCAUAUAUUGGCCUAAAGGGACUGUACUUCCUCGGCUACUUUAUGUUUGGUUUGGGAACCGGUCUGAUCGGCCUGUUUCCAAACAUUGUGGCCACGCUGACACUCUGUACUGUGUUUGGAGUUAUGUCUAGCACUCUCUACACCAUCCCAUUUAACCUCAUCUCGGAGUACCACAAGGCUGAAGAGGAGCAGAGGAAAUUGCGCAGCGAUGAACCAGCUCUGGAGGGCCGUGGCACUGGCAUGGACUGCGCAGCUCUUACCUGCAUGGUGCAGCUGGCUCAGGUCAUAGUGGGAGCUGGUCUUGGAGCCCUGGUCAAUCUAGCAGGCAGUGUGAUCGUUGUGGUCCUCUCUGCCUCAACAGUAUCCCUACUUGGCUGCCUCUUUAUUGCUCUCUUUAUGUGAUGUACAUAUUAAGCCUCAA